CUGUCAAUCAGCAGCAGCAGUCUGAUCUGUGGGCCGCAGGGGCUGAUGGGAGCUUUGAGGACCUGUUAGAAAGCACGUGGUCCUGCUCUGAUCUCACAGCUCGUCCUUGUUUGGCCUCAGCUGCAUCAGAGCACCACUUCUCCCCAGGUUCACCAGAGGAAACACCACUGCACACAAUGCUUUUCCUCCCAGCUGCUGCUCUGUGCUGGCUGUGUUCAGCGCUGGUUGCCAUGGCAGCAGAGCUGAUUCAGGAUGAUUUAACAUUGACCAGGAGAGUUGGUCAAAGUGUCUCCUUCAGAUGUGGAAAUAUUCACCUGUGUGAUUCAAAUGACUCGGUAUACUGGUACCAGAAGACAGAACAAUUCAGGUUGAUUCUUUAUAUUGAUAAAGUUAAUGGUUAUGUUGGAAAAGAUUCCAAUCAUCCUCAGAAACAUGAUUUUUGGGCUGUAAAUACUCAGAACGGCUGUGAGUUGCUGAUAGAGAAAGUUAAACCGGAUCAUUCAACCACCUACUACUGUAGCUGUAGGAAAAAAUCUGGUCUGGUGGAUAUAUAUGGAUACGAUGUGUGGUACCUCAUCUUUGGUUCUGGGACUAAACUGUAUGUAACAGAGGAGCAGAUGGUGAAGCCCGUGGUGAACGUCUGCCCCAUUGAAUCCAACGUCCACCAGGAGGGGAAGAGCUCCCUGCUGUGUCUGGCCUCAGCCAUGUUUCCUCCUCUGGUCCAGUUCUCCUGGAAAAGACAGAAGGAGGACGGCUCUCUGGAGGAGCUGCUCCCUGCUGAGGGACAGUUCAGAGGGUCCAAACAAUCCGCCGUCAUCAGAGUGGUUGAUGGUGAUGCUCUCAGCAGAUAUAAAUACAUCUGCUACGUCAAGCAUGAGGGGGGAACAGUGGAGGCCCAAACACAACAAGAGGUUCCUGCUUCUCCUCCACCACCGCCUCCACCUGCUUCUCCUCCACCUGCUUCUCCUCCACCAGUUCAUGCAACAACUCCUCCACUCCUGCAGGAAGAAAUAUUUCCACCAUCUGAUCCAGCUGCAACCUCUGUUCCUGUUCUCCACCCUGUGAAGCUGUCGGUGUCCUUCCAGUCUGAGUUGAGGGUGAAGCUGCUCUUGCUGCUGUCCACAGUGCUGAUAGUGAAGAGUCUGGUGUACUGCUGUGGACUCUCUCUGCUGAUGAUCCUCAGAAACAAGGGACCGUCCACCAACUGCACACAUGCUGACUGACUGUUUUCUGCUGGACUUUUCUCUGCAUCAAAUCUCAUCAAUUCAUCUCAUUCAUCACUUUGAUCAGGAUUCACAAAUGUUAGAUAUGACAUGUUAGAAACUAAAUGAAGCUGAAUUAUUAGCUGCCUUGUAGAUAUUUCAGCAUUUAUCUUGUUUUUCUUUGUAAUCUCCUGUAUCUGCACAGUGUGGUAGGUUCUCCACAUUUAUUCACUCAGAUAAUCUCAAUAAAGUGUAAAACAGG